ACGCCUACAACUGAAGCUGUUCAAAGCGCGCUAUUUAAGUUUGGAAUUUAAUCAAGAGGAUUGUAGAGCAUCAACUUUUUGAAAUAAAUAAUCAAUAAAAGUUUUAAUUUAGUGGGUUAGUAAAGCCCACUAGAAUACAUUUUAGGAUGGAAAGCAGGAACAAGUUACAAAUCAUUUACCCCGAUGAGGAUGGCGAGCCACAUCCAUACUGCCCGCAUGGACCUACAUUGUUGUUUCAAGCUCCAACGAUAAGUGAGGAUGAACAAACGUACGCAUAUUAUGCCUGUGCAGCGCAUCGUGAUAAAAGUUUGUGCAGUUAUCAUCUGCCGGCGGAACAAUUAACACCCCAAAAAUUGGCAAAGCGUUAUGGUUUAGACGAUAUCAUCGAACAAUAUAAAGGACAUAAACAAAAGCUAUUGGUGUGUACUGACGGUGGCGGACGUCACUUCUGCCUCUGCUGUAAUGUGCCACUGGUAUCUGAAGAACAGUCAGGGCACACGGGUCAUGAAAUAGUUUGGAAUUUAACAAACGAAAUGCUUUGCGACCCAACACGUUUGCUAAGGCCACUUGACAAUGAUAAGGCACAGGCGCAGUACUUUUUUGAUGACAAAGCGUUAAAGUUUUUCUCGAAAUGUUUUCAGGAUUUGGGCAUAAGUAAGGUGGUCUGCAUGGGCGCGCCGCGUUUGCAUGCCUAUCUGCGGAGUAACUCUACCAACGUGCAAAGUUUCCUCCUGGAUUUUGAUUAUCGUAUGUUUUACUUCUAUGAGGAUGACAAUUUUGCCUGGUAUAAUAUGUGUAACAAUCACUUUUUCGAUCACAACCAGCGUCUGUAUUUUGAGAAGUUUUUAAAUUGCGCACCUGAGCAGAAGCUACUAGUAUUAACUGAUCCUCCUUUUGGCUGCCGCACUGAACUUAUAGCCGCCACCUUGCGCCACCUUACACGUCUUUAUAAUAAAAUCAAUCACCUGCCACAUCAACCGCUGCCUAUAUUUUGGAUUUUUCCAUACUAUUCCGAACACUAUAUACAACAAGAAAUGCCCCAAUUGCGAAUGUGUGACUACAAAGUUAACUACACCAAUCACAGUUCAUACACUGAUAUUGGCGAUAGGAGUCGUAAGCUUGGUUCACCAGUGCGUGUCUUCACAAAUGUGCCAUUGGAGCUACUACACUUGCCUGUUGAAGAGGAAUACAAAUAUUGUGCCCUAUGCCAACGCUACACUGCCUUAGAAAACCGUCACUGUUUCAAAUGUGCAUACUGUCCAUCGAAGAACGGCAGCACCUAUCGACAUUGCGACCUUUGCGGCUGCUGUGUCAAACCCAAUUAUGUGCAUUGUAAUAAUUGUAGGCGCUGUACACAGUCUGAGGAACACGAAUGUGGGAUGUAUCAAGCGAAUCAGCACUGUUGGAUCUGUUUGCAGAAAGGACAUACAGAAAACAGGUGUGAAGAGUGGCGAAAGCACUGUAAAGUGAAAUCUUUUGCUGACCGAUUUGAGAAGAUAAUCACCUGCUUGUUGUGCCAACGUAAGGGACAUAAUGAGCGUAACUGUGCGAAACGGAACAAGUACCUUGAGGAAUUGACCUUUAUGGGGGUGGCAGAAGUAAAAUUUAAGUAAAUUAUUAAAAUGUUUUAACAACGAAAAAUUACUUUAUUUAAUACUUAAGUGUAAACUAUAAAUACAAAUAUAUUU